GGAGGCAGCACACGGCUGUCUGGGCUCUGCUUUUCAGACCGUUGGGAGCAUUUUUUGGAGUAUAUAGCACCUGUUUACACAGAACUCGCAGAGGAAUCCACAUCCUCACUGUCAUCUGCGAUUAUAUGUGAGACAUCAAAAUUCUUCUGUGGCUCGACCAUCCCAGCACAGGGGAGCCGAUAUGGAUCUUUACGGCCACCUCUGCCGACUGCUGGUCCGGUCUGGAGCCAUAGAUCAGGGGAAGGAGGAUACAGCAGCCACAGGGAGUUGCAGCUCUUCCCUGUCUGGGCCUGCUGCUUCAGGCACCAAGCGAAAGGCCUCUGCAUCACCCAGGGGACAGCUCUCCCCAAUCAUCAAUGAGGAAAGGCCAAGGAAAAGCAGAAGCCUUGCUUGCGUGAGGGACAUGGAUGAGGCUGCCCUGAGGACGGACAUUGGCACCCUCCCAGCACUCCACUCCAUGCUCGCUUGUUCCUGCUGGAGCUGCUUGUGUUCCUGUUCGGGAGGCUGAACAAGGAUGAGGAAGAGGAGACCUGUGCCAGUCUCUUCAUUCUGGACCGGAUAGUCUGAUCCCAACAUUUCCGAAAUGACACACCAUACAGAGAAGCUGUUCACAGCCCUAGGGCCAAUCCUGCAGAGCACAAGCAUACAGGAGGAAGCAGACGAGAGACGCACCAUGGAGCUGGAGGUCCGCCAGCUCUGCUCCAGCACCCUGCAGUCCCUGGGUGACUCCCCCAGAAUGGCCAAUGUGCUCGCGGCAUCUUCGUAUAUGAUGGUGCAGGUCGGAAGGGCAGCCAUGUUCCUCCCCUUCCAGCUGAUCAGCACGUUUCAGGCUGGGUGGAGCCAAUUCUGGGAUAACUACAUGACGCACAUGCUCCUCUACGUGGAAGAUCACAAGACCUGCUUCUGCCAGAGGGAGUGGGAGCAGCAGCUGCUGCAGUUCCUGGAAGACCUUCUCUUCUUCAUCUCGGACCAUACCUGGCUGGGCUGGUUCAUCGCUAGUAUCAGGUGCCAGCUCCCCACAGUGAUAAGCUGCCCGGUGACAAUGUCGGUGUCCUGGAAGGAAUUGGGGAGCUUCCUCUCCAAGUGCUGGGGCACCGUGCUGAUGGUUUUUCCAGCAGAGAGCAUCAAGCCCCAGCUAUGGCUUCUGGUGGAGAUGGUUGAUUUCCGAGAAGAAGAGGAAAGAGAGGUGAGGUCUUUGCUCCUCCACGGUCAAGAGAUCCCUCAUUCCUUGUCAAUCCCCUGAUGCUACAUGUGUAUGUUCUGCCUUGGACAAGGUCCAGAGGAUUGAAAAGAUCUUCCUUAUACCCAUGCCCAUGUUGAUGAUUUUGAGAGCCCAUCCUGGCCCCUUGGCGUAUUGCUCAGCA